GGUGACGCCAGGGAGAUGGGCGUGUCCUGUGAGGUUUGUGGGCGUGGCUUAGGCGGCACCGGGGCGAACCGUGAGGCGCUGUGGGCGUGUCCCUCCGCCGUGUGGGCGUGUCCCUCCGCCGUGUGGGCGUGUCCCGCGGCCGUGUGGGCGUGUCCCUCCGCCGUGUGGGCGUGUCCCUCCGCCGUGUGGGCGUGUCCCGCCGCCGUGUCCCGCCGCCGCGCAUGCGCGCUGCGCGGUACCGGCGCGGCCAUGGCGCACGGGCACGGGCCCGGCCGGUGCCGCUGCUGCGGGGAGGAGGCGGCGGAGCGCGGCGCGGCCUGGGGGCUGUACCUGCGCAUCGACCGGCAGCGCCUGCAGUGCCUCAACGAGCGCCGCGAGGGCUCCGGAGCCACCGUGUUCCGGCCCUGGGAGGAGCGAGGAGACCGCUCACAGUUCGUGGAAAGUGAUGAUGACGAGGAGCUGCUCUUCAACAUCCCGUUCACAGGCAGCGUGAAGCUGAAGGGAGUCAUUGUGAUGGGCGAGGAUGACGGGACACACCCGGCCGAGAUGAGGCUCUUCAGGAACAUUCCUCACAUGUCCUUUGAUGACACAGCCAAGGAACCAGAGCAGAGCUUCAGCCUGAGCCGGGACCCCUCGGGAGAGCUGGAAUAUCCCACCAAAAUUUCCCGUUUCUCCAACGUUCACCACCUCUCCAUGCACUUCCCAAAGAACUUCGGGGCGGAGACAACCAAGAUUUUUUACAUCGGCCUGAGAGGGGAGUGGGCAGAGGCUCACCGCCACCAGGUCACCAUCUGCAACUACGAAGCCUCGGCGAACCCGGCCGACCACAAGCUGGAACAAAUCACGCCGCAGACUCACUUCAUCUCCUGACGUGGCUGCCGGGAGCCUGCCCGGGGCAGGAACGGCUCCCGAGGCACCGGAGCAGCUCCGCUUUGUGGGACAGACGGCGGCGCGGUGUGAGGCGGCCCCGAGGGCGGCGGGGCCGGUGCCGGUGCCGGUUGUGACUGACAAUAAACGCUGCGGUGCAGAGCU